AUGGUACUAAUAAAUAAUUUAAUUGGUAACUUCGGAAAGUAUCAUUUAUGGCUUUCUAUUAUUAUUCUAUUAAACAAAUUCGGUGUAGGGUUACAUCAAAUGGCUAUAAUAUUUUUGGCUCCACCAGUGCAUUACACUUGUCCAAAUACAAACAUAACUUGUUGCUACAACCCUGUAUACGAUAAAAGUGUGUUUUCAAGAACUAUAAUAACAGAAUGGAACUUGAUAUGUGAAAACUCUUGGCUCAAAGAUUUCACCCAGACUCUUUUCCAGUUUGGUGUACUCAUUGGUAGUUUGGUACUGGGAGCUGCAUCAGAUAGAUACGGCAGACGCCCUACAUUAAUUUCUGCUGUAAUAAUCGAAUCACUUACUGGAGUGAUUGCAUCAUUCCUCCCUGAUUUUUGGAGUUUCACAAUAGUAAGAAUGAUGUUGGGGUUUUCUAUUGGAGGAAUAUUGGUAAUUGGAUUUGUUAUCAUAAUGGAAUACGUCGGAAGCAAGUACAGAGACAUAUUAUCAGCUUUAUUCCAUGUUCCGUUUUCAAUUGGACACAUCUCACUGGCGGCAUUCGGAUACUAUAUAACGGACUACAUGUACUUCCAAUUGGCAAUCUCUGUAAUUAAUAUAAUUUUACUUUUCUACAUUUGUGUAUUGCCUGAAUCACCACGAUGGCUCUUGGCUACUAAUAAGACAGUAAAAGCUAUAAGUCUGAUGAAACGAGUGGCAAAAAUAAAUAAUUUGCCGCUAGAAGAUAUUCCUCGGCUGACCGAAUUGUAUCAAUUGGAACAUAAAUCUGUUAUGAAGAAAGGAUCGUUGUUAGAUUUAUUCCGAACACCAAAUAUUCGUAGAAACAUUAUAAUUAUGGCAUUUUUGUGGCUUGUUUGUAGUUAUUGUUUUUAUGGGGUUGCGCAAUAUAUAAGCCAUUUAACGGGAAAUAUUUAUGUUAAUGUUGUAGCAAGUGGAAGUGUAUCUCUGUGCUCUUGCUUUGUUUCAAUACCACUUAUGAAGAUCUCAAAGCGUAAAACUUUGGUUAUCGUUUUCAACGUGGCAAGCAGUAUAUGUCUAAUAGUUAUUACUUUUGUCCCGGAAGGAACAUAUUCAGUUGUUCUUGGCUGCUGUGGAGUAUUCUUUACUUUUAUUGUGUUUAUUGUUUUGUAUUUAUACUGUUCAGAAAUGUUUCCUACGGUGGUGCGUAAUGCUGCUAUUGGUAUAUCAUCGAUGAUGGCACGAGUGGGGUCCAUGAUUGCGCCAUUCGUCGCAGGACUGAGACCGCACGGCCAAUGGUGCGCUCCGGUAGCUUUUGGCGUGUUUCCAAUAAUAGGUGCUAUACUUUGUUUUAUGCUACCUGAAACAAAAGACUGUGAGCUGUUGAUGACAAUAGAAGAAGGUGAAGCACUUGGUCGAAAUCAAGAGAAUCAACAGCAAAAUAUACCGUCACAAAAUGUUUAA